CGGUAACUGCGGCAUUGACAGUGUGCGCCGGACCGCCUUCCCGUACAGACGUGUCGCGGCUUCACUCCGUAUCCGUAUAACACACGCGACUCUACAAAAUCUACACGCUUAAGCGCCAGAAAAUCAUUUGAAAUCAAUCAUUUAUCCUCGUGUAUGCUGAGUCUUAUUAGAAAAUUUUGCACCAUGAAACCACCAACGAACGCCGCUUUACUUCACGAUGUGGACAUACCGACGAAGAAGGCGACUUUUGGUAUGGGCUGUUUCUGGUCAAAUGAUUCUCUGUUCGGCGCCACUAUCGGCAUCGUGAGAACAAGAGUUGGCUACGCUGGUGGCACUACAAAGAAUCCGCACUACAGAAACAUAGGUGAUCACACAGAGGUAAUCGAACUGGAUUACGACCCCAAAACUGUCACGUACGAAGAUCUUCUUGAUAUGUUUUGGGGCAACCAUGAGUACGGACUGACCACCAAGCUAAAAAGACAGUAUCAAUCCAUGAUUCUAUAUCAUGACGAGGAACAGAGGCUGGCUGCGGAGGCGUCUCACAAGACGAUGCAGGACCGCUGCAAUGGACAACUCCGGACAGAAAUAGCGCCUGCCGGUGCGUUUUACCCCGCAGAAGAUUACCAUCAAAAAUACCGACUGCAAGGACACAAAGAUCUAUGCCGAAGCUUGGGCCUCGACUCCUCAAAAUUGCAGACCUCACAUUUGGCGGCCAGACUCAACGGCUAUCUCGUGGGUGUUGGCGGGAUGACACAGUUCGAACAAGAGGUCACUCGUCUUGGCUUAAGCGAGAAUCAGGCGGAGUAUGUCCGCCGAGAAUUGGAACGCAACGAGGGCGGUGGAUUAGCGUGUUAAAUUUUACACUUGAAAGCUAGCUUCAUACAUCUGUUGGAAGAGAAUUAAGAUUGUACCUUAGUUACAUUUUGUUAUGUCGACCAUUUGAAUUUUAUUUUUAUUAUAUAGUUAAAUAUACUUUUUUAAGUUACUUUAUAAUUAGUAAAAUGAGGAUAAUAAAACAGGUUAACCGACGCAUAUGUAUGUAUGGAGCUAGCAAAUGCUGCCCUUAUAAAAACAAUUUUAUCUUUUUGUAUUUGUUAUAUUUUUUAUUCACUAUGAAAAUGAACAAAUGAAAAGUAAUUAGUUAUCUUUCACUUUAAUACUGUGAAGGAAAAUAUUAGGGGCAGCAUUGCAUUUUGAUUUAUAAUUAUUUAGGACCAUUUUUUAUUUCAUUCCAUUACAAAGUUAGUUUAAAACGAAUACUAGCAAUUACAGCAUGAUAUAACAUUUAAAUAAAAAAUUAUUCUCAUUUUGCCAAGUUUUCAGUAUUAAUAUAAUGCCCGGCCAUAUAACCAACAAAAAACAAAUUAGUUCAACAAAUAUCCGCGCUAACAUUUACAAAGCCUUGAAUUAUGAUAGUAUUCAUCGCUGGUCGAUAAAUAUAGAUUAAAUAUGUGUACAAAGUUAUCAAAAUACUUGCACGGAUCUUUUCACUCACGUGUAGCGCCGGCUUUUAUCAAAUCAUUAGACAACAUUCUAUCAAAUCAUUCAUUUUCAAAAAAAAUCGAUCAUAAAUUAAGACUAGAUUAUAUUAUGAAGUUUAAAAUACAACAAAAAAAGUAUUUUAUUAAGA